CAAACCAUCAAGGUCGCGAUGUAGAAGAUCGACAACAAAACGUUAUUCUUAACUGUGUGACAAAUUAUGGAUAAGAUCCCCGGCGCCGGCUGCAGGUUCCGGUGGUCCGUUGUUAGGUUUGCUGUCGACAAGGAAGUCUGAGAAUUAAUAGAUCGAUCGAUGAUUGAGUUUGGGAAUACGGAUGCGCUCGCGUUGGGGACAUACGAUUAAUCGGUACUCAUCGGCGUUGGUUUGGAAAGUGCCAAUGCGGCCAUGUGAAAACGUGACAACUCAGGCUACUUCUGAAGAUUGACCAAUCGUUCGUCCCCUUUGACAAGUUCAUCAAAAUCCACACCAAAUCAGAAUACUAUUUGAGGCAUCAAGAUGGUCAACCUAGAAACUCACGACGAAAUCGAUGUUUUCUUACAAAGAUUCUAUGAGCCUCAAUUCCAGAUGUCUCACAAUCUUUCUCUUGAACAAGGUAAGCUCAUGCCUCACGCUGGGAGCAUACGCUCACAUGGCCUGUUAAUAACUAUCAUCGAAGGAGAUAUGUGGGAUACAGACGGGUCUUGCAAUUCACAGCAUUUCUUCGAUGAUGCUGUCCUGCAAUUCGAAAUUUCUGGUCUCCUCCAAGCCAAUCUGCCAACGACCUACCAAACGAGCACUGAAACGGUCUCUAACCAUUUCGAAUACGCUCCCAGCGUGGAGUCACGGAGCCGAAACUCGAGCGAGCCCGUGUUUCCUGCUGGAGAUGAUGACAACUCAUCAGACUUGUUGGUACCAAGCGGAAGCAAUUCAAGUCAGGAUUCCGAAAUCCAACUCCGAUCAGCAUCACGCAUAUCAAAGAAUCGAAAGCGUCGUCACCCAGUUUUGUCCAACAGCCAGAAACACGCCAGGGAGUGCCAUAAUCUAGUAGAGAAGCAAUAUCGCACCCGGCUCAAGGCUCAAUUCGAGAAUCUUCUCGCAGUGCUGCCUACGCCACAAGACCCCAAUUACGCUGGCAAGGAUGCUACAGGCAAUCCUGGUCGUUACCUGAGCAGGGGGCAGGUCUUAGAGGCCGCGAGGGAGCGAAUUAUCAAGCUAGAAAACGAGGUUGAGUUAUCAACCCUGAGACGUGACCGGCUGCUGAAGGAUAUGGCACGAAUGGAGCGGACUGUGCUUGAAGAGAAGGACAGAGCUGCGUUAUUCUUGUGACCAGCUUCUUGGGAGAAUGAAGAGGGCGAUAAUAUCUUCGCGACGCCUUCAACAAGUCAUGAUAUCGAAAAACCGCUCCAACGGGUCGAUUGGUCGUCAGAGAAUGCCUAAAGGGACGUUAGAUUAAUCCUACAGAAGUGCGGCAAAGUCCCUAGACAAAAGAAUAGCAGCUACAGCGUUCUAGGAGAAAGAAAUCGCAGUCCAAAGAGCCAAAUUAGCAACAUUAAAGCUAUCAAGUUAAUCUAAAAUCAAUUUUGACC